UGGGAGUUGCUUAGUGCUUCUUCGGGAGGAAAGGCAGAGACUGACAUGGAGCUGGGGAAGUAUCUGGCUGGCCUCAUCUUGGCUGUCACUCUUCUUCAAGGUACUAUAGCCCAGAAGAAACAAGAAGUUCCUGUGGUAAAAGUAGAUGACAAUCGAGAAGAUGGUUUGGUAUUUCUGAUUUGUGACUCACAAGACACAAAUGUCACAUGGUUUAAAGACGGGAAGGCAACAACUUCGUCGCAUAAAAAUAAAAACAAGUUUGAUCUGGGAAGCAGUAUCAAGGACCCUCGAGGGGUAUAUCAGUGUCAAGGAUCAAAGAACAUUUCAAAACCACUCCAAGUAUAUUACAGAAUGUGUCAGAACUGCAUUGACCUGAAUGCAGGCACUGUAUCUGGCUUUGUCUUCGCUGAAAUCAUCAGCAUUUCCUUCCUUGCUGUCGGGGUUUACUUCAUUGCUGGACAGGAUGGAGUUCGCCAGUCAAGAGCUUCAGACAAGCAGACUCUGUUGUCCAAUGACCAGCUUUACCAGCCCCUCAGAGAUCGGGAAAAUGACCAAUACGGCCACCUUGAAGGAAAGCGAUUGAGGAAAAACUGAACUCAGGACUCAAAGUAGGUGUUCUCCGUUUGAAUAGUUCUCAGAAACAUGGCAAUACGUUUUGGAGCACUCCUAGCAAAGAGACGGUCAGCCUAAAUCUAGAUUCAAGUCUCCCAAAGGUGACAAAUGGAGAAAAAAAGCCCAUCAGGGCAAAUUUGGAUUUUUCUCAAAAUAAAUAAACUAGAAGUAAAGUAAAAAUAUGUAUGGUGUUGCAGGAGCGCCACCUAUUGGGAGGUAAUUUUUCUGUAAAAGAAAACUGAAAAGGUCAAAUAACCCCCUCUAUUUGAAUGUUACUUUUUUAAAGUUCUAAUUUUGAUUUACCUUCUGUAUAAGUCAUAAUUUACAUGGUUCAAAUAUACAAUGAAGGUCUCCCUCCACCUCCAUCCCCAGCCAUUCAGCUGUCCUUUCCAGAGACAAACAAUAUACUAGUUUCUUACAUAUCUUUAUUAGGUCUAUAAGGUAUUAUAAAUCAGAGGUAUUCUAGGCAUACGUAAGCAAACUCUCUUUUUUUUUUCAUAAGCAAACUCUUAAGUACACAUUAUUCUUCCCUUCCCUAUUUUUCACACAAAUGGUACCAUACUAUACAUCUUGCACUUUUCACCUAAUAAAAUUUAAGAUUAUUUCAUACCAGCAAGUAAAGGAGCGCCUUUUUUUUUUAAUGCAACCACAUUGCACAGACUCACUAUGAUUUAUUUAAUCAGUCCUCUAUUAAUGGACAAAAUAUUACUGCCAAUAUUUUGCUCUUAAAAUACUGCAAUGACUAACACUGUAUAAAUGUCAUUUUAAAAAUAAUUGUAUUGAGGUAUAAAUUAUAUGCUAGAAAAUUCACUCAUUUUAAGCAAUUUCUCCUGUUCUCAGUAAGUUUUACAAAAUUUACCCAGCUGUGCAAUCAACACAAUCAUUAGAACAUUUCCAUUACCCUCUUAAGAUUUCUUCUGCUGUUUGCAGUCAUUCCCUGUUCCCACUCUCAGCCCCAGGCAACCACUAAUCUCUUUUCUGUCAGAGUUGCCUUUUCUACACAUUUCAUAUAAAUGGAAUUAUACAAUAUGCUGUUAAUUAUAAAAUGUGCUGGACAAUCUCAUGUCAAAGUUCACGCUAAUCUUUGUGUGCACCCCAUGUCUACAUUUCUCUGGGAUUGACACCUGGGAGUGAAGAAUUGCUGUGUUGUAUGGCAAAUUUAUGUUUAACUUUUUAAGAAAUUCCCUGUACCUUUUUACGUGCCCACUAGCAAUGGAUGAGGGUUUCUGUUUCUCCAUUAUCCUCACCAAUAUUUGUUACUUUGUUUUUUUAGUAUAGCCGAUUCUUCUAGGUAUAAAAUGGCAUCUUAUUGUACCUUUAAUUUGCAUUUCCCUAAUGAUUAAUGUUGUUGAACAUCUUUUCAUGUGCUUGUCCGCCAUUCUUAUAUCUUUAGUGUAACGUCUAUUUCAAAUCUUUUUUUUUAAUUUGGGUUGUUUCUUUGUCUUACUGUUGAAUUGAAAGAGUUCUUCUAUAUUUUGAAUACAAGUCCUUUAUUACAUAUAUGAUUUACAAA